AUGGCGGAUUCCUCGAGCGCCGCCGCGACCGCAGUCGCUACGCUGUUGGAGCGCUUCAGCUCGACAUCUUCCGUCAAGCUGAUUGCCUCGGCUGUAGCCCUCGUCGUCACGAUCCUCAUGGUCAUUGACAAGUUCGUCGCCGCGCCCGUUGAUCCCCGCGAGCCCCCCGUCGUCAAGGGCCUUCUCCCCAUCAUCGGCCACUGGAUCACCGUGAACACAUCGUAUCCUGGUGUCUACGAGAAGCUGGCUAAACGCACAAAGCUCCCCAUAUGCACAAUCCCCGUCCUCGGCAAGAAAAUGUACGUCAUCAACAGCGCGCCCUUGGUCCAGAGCGCCAUGCGCAACAAGACGCUCGAGUUCGGCGCCCGCAUCGAGGAGAUUGGCCGCGCCAUGGGCAUCAACCCGGACAUCACCCACCGCCUCGUCAAGGAGAACGCCGUCGAGGAGAUCUCCCGCGUCACCAUCUCGGCCCUGUCCGGCGAGAACCUGCUCAAGCUGAACCUGAGCGCCCUCGACUACAUUGGCAGCCGCUUCAACGAGGUGAAGCCCGGAAGCCCCGAAAAGAUUGAUGAUGUGUUUUACUGGGCUCGUGGGUUGAUUGGUGUUGCGACGACGAGGGCUUUGUAUGGCGAGCAUAGCCCGUUUAACAAUUUGGAGCUGGUUGAUGCCAUCUGGACAUACGAGAGCGGCAUGGGCAAGAUGCAAUACGGCUGGAUCUCCAAAAUCAUCGCCGGCAAAGCCCUCGAAGCCCGCAAAAAGAUCGUCACGGGCCUCGUCGGCUACUACAUGCGCAAGAUGGACCAGGGCCCGACCGUCUCCGCCACCAUCCGCGGCCGCGCCGAGUUCUGGCGCGGCUUCGGCCUCUCGGACAUCAUGCUCGGCGCCAUGGACUCCCUCCCCGCCGCCUCGACCGUCAACACCGCGCCCUCCAUGUUCUGGCUCAUCGUCAACGUCUUCGCCAACCCAAAAUACCUCGCCCGCGUCCGGGAGGAGGUCGAGUCCUCGGCCGCGCUGGCUGUCACCGCCGAGGGCGGGAAACGCGUCGCCACCAUCGACGUCACGGAGCUGGGCAAGUCGUGCGCCUACGUCGUCGCGUGCUACCGCGAGACGCUCCGCUCGGAGAACACCGUCACCGGCAGCCGGACCGUCACGAGCAAGGACACGACCAUCACGGACCACGAGACGGGAAGGCAGUACCUCCUCAAGGAGGGCGUCGAGGUGCAGUGGAGCGCGUCCGUGAUGCACAAGAAGCCCGUCUGGGGUGAGGACGGCGAGGAGUUCAACCCGGAGCGGUGGCUCAAGAACACGCCCGACAUUGCCAAGGGCACAAAGGAGUCGUUUGUACCGUUUGGCGGCGGCAAGCACCUCUGCCCCGGCCGCAACUUCGCGUUUGCCGAGUUGUUGGGCGCGGUGGCGUGCUUGGCUGUCGGGUUCGAGCUCGAGGGCGUGCAGGUACCGGAUCAUGAGAUGCCUUUCUCUACUUCGGGUCUGCGGUCGCCGAUUUAUGGAAGCAAGUCUAGCAAGGCGACUCUUUCGAGGCGGGCUGGAUGGGAGGAUGUUGAGUGGAGAUUUAAAUAG